CCUCUAGCAGCCAGGAAGGCUCUCCCACCCACCACCCACCCGCUUCCAAGGGCAGAGCUGAGAUGGCUGCUGUCGGUGCGCUCUUCAGGUCUGGGCUGCGGGGCGCGAUGGCUUUACCGCAGCGGCAGCGGGCCUGGAGCUCGGGCUCUGACCAGCUGGGUGAGCUCGGCAAAGGUGCUGGAAAAGGCGGGGGAGGAGGCGGAACGAUCCGCGAGGCUGGCGGCGCGUUUGGAAAGCGGGAAGCGGCUGCGGAGGAACGCUAUUUCAAGGAGAAAGAGAGAGAGCAGUUGGCAAAUCUGAAAAGAUAUCAUGAAGAGGAAAUAAGUCACCAUAAGAAAGAAAUAGAGCGUCUGCAGAAAGAAAUUGAACGUCAUAAGUCCAAGAUCAAAAAGCUUGAUGAUGAUUAAGUAGCUGUUGUUACUGAUGUGGUGGGUAUCUGGCAUUGUUUUGAAAAUGGUGCCUGUGAAUACUCAGGAUUUUGUUCUUACCAUAGUGUGAAAUAAAUAAUUCACUCUA